AGCGUUUACAAAGAAAACGAUAAAAGACGAUCAGGCAGUCGACCAUGCGCAUGCCACAGUAUAUAAAGGACAAGACGUGCUACUAAAUGCAUCUCACUCCCUUCCCAACUCUCAUCGUCACCAUGUCACGUUGCCAAAUUUUAAUUUUGGGGCUUUUCCUUCAUGAGACCAUUUUGUGGGUAAAUGGAGCUGCAGUUCCCUCUUUUGGAAAUACACAAUCGCAAUUUCCAAAAGAUGCCACAGACAGCGUGCGAAAUGCAUCUUCACCAUCUGACUUCAAGUCAUUCAUGCAAAUGGAACAAAUGCGUCAGAAUAGUCCACCAUCCCAACCGCCCGUAAGACCAUUUGGAACUAUGCCUAGCAUGUUCCAAAUGCUUCCACCAAACGCACUACCAAGCUUCGCUAUGAUGCCGCAACCGCCGAAUCCCAGCAUGACCAUGAUGCAGCAUACAACCACUCCACCAACCAUGAUGAACAAUCCCAGUCAACAAGGACAACCACAGCUGCCUAAACGAGAAAUUUCUCCAGUGGCCGAUGCCAUUACCGCCAAUCAUGCACCAAUUUUGAACAGCAACAGCACCCGUACUAACAACAACACACGUCGGGAAACGGAGCCAACUACAGCUAAGCCAGCAGCUACUAUUCGUCAACCGACCCAGGAAACAACUCUAGAUACGGAACAGAAACAGUCUGACGGAUCAAAAAUCCAACAAGCAGCAGUGAACCCCUUCGUAAUUCCCCAACAUCCUCCUCAACCUAUUCCUAUGACACCAUUCAACCCGAUGAUGCAACAAUUGAACCCGAUGAUGCAGCCAUUCGGUCCGAUGAUGCAUCAACCCCUCUUCAUCGAUCCAAUGGGGCGCUUGAUGAUGCUCGUACCAUUUGAUCCAUCCCGCUUGAAUCUAGCUGCCCAAGCAGGACCUCAGGGACCUCAAGGCCCUCCAUUGCCCAUUCAAAUUCCUUUCGGUCAACCCCAACUACGCCCUGUUAUGCCCGACUUUAGCAAACAGCCCCCUCGAAUGCCAGCUACAUCCAAGAAUGAAACUACUUCGAGUUGAACAUCUAUUAUCUAGGAUAUCUACUGUUAUGGAAUUUGUAAAUUUACUGCGUACACGAAUAGAGAAAUACAUACUAUGUAAAAAGAA